ACCACACUUUAAAUAGCCAGCACCUUCCCUUUCCCCCUUAGAUCAUUCUUCUCCCCCACCCCACUGGACCUCUGGCAGCAACCGCACUAAGGUGGGAUGGAUAGCAGGGUCUCGAACACAACCAGUAAUGGAGAGACAAAGCCAGCAUACCCAGUCAUGGAAAAGGUGAAGGAAGAUGGCACCCUGGAAAGGGGACACUGGAACAACAAGAUGGAGUUUGUGCUGUCAGUGGCUGGGGAGAUCAUUGGUCUCGGCAAUGUCUGGAGGUUUCCCUAUCUCUGCUACAAAAAUGGGGGAGGUGCCUUUUUCAUCCCCUACCUCAUCUUCCUCUUUACCUGUGGCAUUCCUGUCUUCCUCUUGGAGACAGCGCUGGGCCAGUACACUAGCCAGGGAGGCAUCACAGCCUGGAGGAAGAUUUGCCCCAUCUUUGAGGGCAUCGGAUAUGCUUCCCAGAUGAUUGUCGUCCUCCUGAACAUCUACUACAUCAUUGUCCUGGCCUGGGCCCUCUUCUACCUCUUCAGCAGCUUCACCAUCGACCUUCCCUGGGGAAGCUGCCACCACGAGUGGAAUACAGAAUACUGUGUAGAGUUCCAGAGGACCAAUGGCUCCCUGAAUGUGACCUCUGAGAAUGCCACCUCUCCUGUCAUCGAGUUCUGGGAGAGGCGGGUCCUGAAGAUCUCUGAUGGCAUCCAUGACCUGGGGGCCCUGCGCUGGGAGCUGGCCCUGUGCCUCCUGCUCGCCUGGGUCAUCUGCUACUUCUGCAUCUGGAAGGGGGUCAAGUCCACGGGCAAGGUGGUGUACUUCACAGCCACAUUCCCUUACCUCAUGCUGGUGGUCCUGUUAAUUCGAGGGGUGACGCUGCCUGGGGCAGCCCGAGGAAUUCAGUUUUACCUGUACCCCAACCUCACACGUCUGUGGGAUCCCCAGGUGUGGAUGGAUGCGGGCACCCAGAUCUUCUUCUCCUUCGCCAUCUGUCUGGGGUGCCUCACCGCCCUGGGAAGCUACAACAAGUACAACAACAAUUGCUACAGGGACUGCAUCGCCCUCUGCUUCCUCAAUAGUGGCACCAGUUUCGUGGCCGGGUUUGCCAUCUUCUCCGUCCUAGGCUUCAUGUCCCAGGAACAGGGGGUGCCCAUCUCUGAGGUGGCCGAGUCUGGCCCUGGCCUGGCUUUCAUCGCCUACCCCCGGGCCGUGGUGAUGCUGCCCUUCUCUCCUCUCUGGGCCUGCUGCUUCUUCUUCAUGGUCGUCCUCCUGGGACUGGACAGCCAGUUUGUGUGCGUAGAAAGCCUGGUGACGGCGCUGGUGGACAUGUACCCCCGUGUAUUCCGCAAGAAGAACCGGAGGGAGCUCCUCAUUCUGGGCGUGUCUGUCACCUCCUUCUUUGUCGGGCUCGUCAUGCUCACAGAGGGCGGUAUGUACGUAUUUCAACUCUUUGACUACUACGCUGCCAGUGGCAUGUGCCUCCUGUUUGUGGCCAUCUUUGAGUCCCUGUGUGUGGCCUGGGUCUAUGGAGCCGGGCGCUUCUAUGACAACAUUGAAGAUAUGAUUGGAUACAGACCAUGGCCUCUUAUCAAAUAUUGCUGGCUCUUCCUCACCCCAGCUGUGUGCACGGCCACCUUCCUCUUCUCUCUGAUCAAGUACACUCCGCUGACCUACAACAAAAAGUACACGUACCCGUGGUGGGGUGAUGCCCUGGGCUGGUUCCUGGCUCUGUCCUCCAUGGUCUGCAUUCCCGCCUGGAGCUUCUAUAAACUUGGGACCCUCAAGGGCUCCUUCAGAGAGAGAAUUCGCCAGCUCAUGUGCCCAGCUGAGGACCUGCCUGGAUGGAAGCGAGCAGAACCCUCAGCCCCUGCCACACCCAGGACGUCGCUUCUCAUACUCACAGAGCUAGAGUCUCACUGCUAGGGCCGUGGGGCCGGGGUCAUGCCCCUGGGCCUGGCUUGGGGGCAGCUGCAGAAGCCACUCCGCUGGGCAUCUCCGCCUCCACCUGUGGUAGAUGAGACACAGGGGGAUGGUUUGGAAUCUGCUUGGGGCUGGGCUCCUCCUUCCAGAACUUUCCUGCUCCAGGGCUGGCCAAACAGGUGUGAGAUGCUAGUAUCAAGAGCGCCCCCUUUGAGACAGGCCUUGGGAGGCCAGGUGAGGGCUGGUGGGUGGAGCGGGAGCCCUGUCCCUCUUACGUCUCAUUCCAUUAAAUCCAUGUUCUUCCCACCAA